AUGCAAGGGGAAAGAAUCCUCAAAUCACUUCUAAACGGAGAGACAGAUGGUCUUUAUGAGGAUACGAAGGUAAGUUGAACAAUUACAAACUUAGCUGUUUGCUAACUUAAUUUACUAAGCUGUAAAAUUAUGGUAGCUUUAUUAAAGACACUAUGUAGCUCAGUUAGCGAAGAUACUUACGAUUUGUAAGGCUACUCACUUUCAAAAACGUUUCCUUAAAAAUUUAGUUUAUUUCAAAGCGAGCGUCUUGUUACACUCUUUAAUUGCAAGAAUCCAGCGGAUCUACAUGAGCAGGUUUUAGAAUGAGUGUCACUUGAACGCGAACCUCGACUCGUUUUUAAUAUUGUUUGGUGGAACUUGCAGAAUUAUCUUGCUCCACUGCAAUGUCCGCUAAAGAACAAAAAUGGCUGCCAAGCAGGAGGCAAAGCUACAGAGGAAACUGUAUCAAAGUACGCCGCUUUUUGUACCAAGUUCCUGAGGUGUGCUAUAGAGACCUUGAAAAAGGUGAAAGCCAAUCAAAAAGGCCUUUUUGAGGUCACAGAUGCCUUGAAACUAGGUAAGAUGAAGCAUGCGAACAACCUUAGUUGUUGUCUGGGAGUAAGGUCUUUUCUAGCCUGCGAAAACAUCCGUUUCUCCUCGCUCUUCGUAGCUGGGGACGUUUCACGUGGAGGAACGUCUACGACUCAGCGGCAGAAAUUCCAUACUGAUGACGCAAAUCAAUGUUUACAUAAUAAAUCCAGUAGUCAUGGGGUUCCAAAUAUAAAUUUGUCCAAUUUUAUGUGUCUUCUGGUCGAUUUUGGUAUACUGUUGUGUUCAUCUACCAACGAGCUCCAGCAAAACUCAAAUACUAGCCUGCGAAAACAUCCGUUUCUCCUCACUCUUCGCCGCCGGGGACGUUUCGCGAGGAGGAACGUCUGCGACUCAGCGACAGAAAUUCCAUACUGAUGACGCAUUCCAAUGUUUACAUAAUGAAUCCGGUAGUCAUGGGGUUCCAAAUACAAAUUUGUCCAAUUUUACGUGUCUUCUGGUCGAUUUUGGUAAAUUGUUGUGUUCAUCUGCCAACGAGCUCCAGCAAAACUCACGUGCUUCUUCUAGAGAAGACUAUAUUUCCACAAACAUUGACUGUUUUGUUCGAGAUUCUUCGCGUUUACAUUUGACCUUUGUGACCUUUUGUCUUUUGUCUGUCAUUCAUAAACAAUAGCUAAAACAAUGUAACUACUUUGUCAACCAAUCAGCGCUUCUGACCGGAUUCCGGACAGAUUUUACGUCAUCAGUAUGGAAUUUCUGUCGCUGAGUUGCAGACGUUCCUCCCCGCGAAACGUUCCCAUCGGCGAAGAGCUAGGAGAAACGGAUGUUUUCGCAGGCUAGUCAAAUACUUCUUCUAGAGAAAACUAUAUUCCACAAAUAUUGACUGUUUUGUUAGAGAUUCCGUGACGUUUACAUUUGACCUUUGUGGCCUUUUGCCAUUGUCUGUAAGACUGUCCUUCGUAAACAAUAGCUAAAACAAUGUAACUACCCCAUCGACCAAUCAACGCUUCUGACCGGAUUCUGGACAGAUUUUACGUCAUCAGUAUGGAAUUUCUGUAGCUGAGUCGCAGAAGUUCCUCAGCGCGAAACGUCCCCAGCGGCGAAGAGCGAGGAGAAACGGAUGUUUUCGCAGGUUAGGUCUUUUCUGAGUUCCCAAAAUAAGCUUAAUGCUUACUCUGAAAAUGGGGCCAGCUGCAAAACAUUACUAACGAAAAUGGGUUUUAUUUAUAAUGCAUAGGCAGGCGCGGAUCCACACCGGUUUCCACCGUUUUACGGAAAUCGGUCAUAUUUUCAUAAUUAAUAUGUUUCAAGAGAGCUCAAUUUCUCUUGUAUGUUUUUAAUAAUAAAAACACUUUCCAAGUUACCAUCCGGCCAACAUUCUGUCUGAAUGACUUGGAAACCCAGGAAAGGGGACUUUAAGUAGUAAAAAAUCCAAUUUUUUUCCUGGGGGAGCCUUUUCCCGGACCCCGCUAGAAGCUUGUGCCUUUGGCGCUCGUUUAGAAAAUCGGUCAGUAUUUAUCCUAGAUCCGCACCUGAUAGGAAUAAAAAUUUACAACCUACUUAUUGUCUGCGACUUACUCAGGAAGUAGUCAGUUGUGAUGCUGACAACAGCUUUGCAAGAAAAUUCCUACUCCCAGGUACAUACAACACAUUUCGCAGUGGAAGGAAAUAGCAUUUUCAAUGUGUUGCAAGCAGGGCGGAACAAAGUGCUAUCUGAUAAUCCAGGGCCAGUAAGGCUUAAAUAUGGGUCAAAUAUAAGUUGUCCAAUUGGCAAACCACAUUUGCUUUACGUGUGAGAUUAAUAGAGGGCUAUAAAGUUACAUGUAAGUUGCAAAUUGUUCUGUUCAUAUUUCAGUGGGCACACUUCUCAACAACACUUUAUCACUCUGUCAUGGAAACUACCUGAAGUUUAUUCCUUCAGUAGAUCAGCUUGCUAAAACACUUUACCUUAUUGUUGCUCAGCUCAUUGCCAAGGCACAGUUUGAAAGGGCUCUAGAUCAUGCUAAUGACCUAUAUAAAUUCAUCCAGCUUCUUAAGGCAUGGAAGAGCUACGACAGUGAAAAGAUGGACAAGGAAAUUGGAUCACUUUGUCUACGUUCAUCUGAUUUGUUACUUCAAGGAGCUGGGAAGCUUGAGGAGGCAAAAGUACCUCCAGGGGAAAGACCAUCUCACUUGUGUGUUGUGUUAGACUGGAGAAAGCUCUCAUUACUUUUCCAAGCAGAAGCAAAUGUACAUUCUUCACUAAAAUCCUUGGUAGAUAGAACUCUGAAAUGUGGGACAAAAUUUCAAGUGGAUUGUGGGCUCAAGAAUGUUGAUUUUAAAACCUUAGCAAGCUUCUUUGAAACCAUUUUUAGCGCACUCAUGAACAAGCAAGAACAACUGAUUGCAAAUGGACAAGAAUUUACAGUACUCUUAGCUGAACUUGGAUUUCAUUACGGCAGGAUUUGUAAUAAGGCUGGAAACUCAGCAGAAGCUUUGGCUGUGUUUGAUAACCUGUUGAAAAUUGCAGGAAAUGAAAAACAUUGCAAAAAUGGUCAUUUUAAACUACAAAUACCUCCACAAGUUUGUUGCUGUGUGUGUUUAGUCUGCAAGGCAGCUAUUUUGUUGAACUCUACUAUAAAAUCUCAAACUCAAGAAUCUCUUCAGCAGAUGUUAUUCGAAAGUAACUGGCUAAUCUCCCAGGUCCUGAAGUGUAGCACAUUACCUUCAUCAAUGUUAAAACUACUUUCAGAUUCCCUGGAGUACUUCAGAAUUAAUUUGCAAAAUGAAAGUAACAAAAAGAGUAAGGAGAAAUCGCCCACUCUUUCAUUGAAGACUCUUCAAGGAACGGUACAAGUGCUGCAGUCUUACAUCUCAGUCUUAUCUUUGCAGUGUGAGCAGCUUAAGUCAGAGCUGCUUAAAUCCAAACAUGACAAUAUUGUGGCACAGCUGAAACAACAGGUUCUAAAGAGCACAGAACGGCAGAUGACAGUAUUUAGUUUUGUUAUUUCUUCAUAUCAAGAGCAGUUGAAGAAUGAAAAAGAUGCGAAAAGUACAAUCAGGAGUUCAAGGUCAGUAGACUUAUCACAAAACAUUUAAAACAGUUAACUACAGUGUACACACUGUAGUUUAAGGAAAGGAUUACAUGUAUGUUGUUGUUUUAUUUCUCUUUGUUUUGGGGCAUGUUAAUAGAUGAAAAUGAGUGAAAAACAAAGGGAAACAGUGUGCAAAGAAAGUAGCAUCUGAUAGCCCGGGGCUUGUGGAUUUUGCCAUCGGGCUAGUGAAUUCUGUUCUUGACUUGCCCGAUGGGCAAGUGAAGUAUGUUGAGGAAUUCAACUUACAGAAGAACUGUGAAAUCAAUUCUGCUAAUCAAAAAAUUUGGGGGGCUAGUUGAAAUGACGUUUGGGCUAAUAAAUGCUAGCUUCAGCUUGCCCAAAUGACAAGCUGUAAAAAUGACUUUCUUUGCACCCUGGGAAAUAAAAUUUAAACCAAGGAUAAAUUUGAACCAUAACAUUAUACAUGUAACACUGCUCAAACUUUUAUUGCAUAUCCAGUAUCCUCAACUCUUGCCAAUCAGCCUAACGAUUCUUGAAACAAAAUUACAAACAUCUCUAGAAUUUGUCUUUUUUGUGCCGCACACAAAUGGGGAUAUACACUGUAGGCAAUAUCUCUCACAAGAUAGCAUUUUGGGGAAGCUGUACUGUAAGCAGUCUGGGUCUGGGAAGGUCCAAAGAGACUGAGAGAAAUCUGGUAAGAAUAUCUAUAAAGAAUAGGGGAAUGAAUGAAUGUACAGCUGUUGUUGGACCGUUACAAAGAACUACAGAGUCAAACGUUACUGGGUAUCAAUCUUGAAACAGUUUACUGUACUGUUAAUGUUAACACAUUCUUUAUUUAUACUAUGCAGAUGUCAGAUCUUUAAGGACUGUAUUCCAGUAGUGGAACAAGCAAACUCUGUAAUUCAUUCUGCCCUUGAUGAUCCAGACAUCCCAUUGUCUCCAAACGAGCUCCGCUGGCUAGGCUGCAAUGUGUACAAUUUGGGUUGUGUGUCAUAUCAGAGAGAUUGCUUUACUGAAGGAGUUCCUCUGUUAGCUAUUGCUUGUGAAGAGCUAAGAGUAUGGUGCUUUGCUGGCAAGACUGAUGAGGAAAUUUUUACAAGGACUGUGGAGGUAAUAUGGCCUUAACCCUUGUAAUUUUUCUUUCAUACUUUGUGGCAUGAAAUUUUUGUGGGAGUUUGCAAUUUUUGUGUUUUGCGGGAACCAAUUUUGCAAUUAGAAGAGAUUGGUUUUUCUUGCUGAGAAUUGAUUUUUGCGAUUUCAGAAAGUCCAAGACCAGUCAUUGUUAAUAUUUUCCUUUUUAUUAAGUAUGCACAAUGGAAAUGCAUACAGUGAAGAAAGUUUCAAACAAUGCAACAGUUUGUGUACCCUACACUAUAUGUAAAACCAGUGUAACAGAUUACUAUUGUCUUUUCUUUGUCAUUCAAUUAUAGUAACAUCUGAGAUAACUGAUUGUUCUGAUGAUCGUUUGGAAGAAUUUAAGUUGGAAAAUAUUUACAGGGGAGGAAUUUUUUUGCAGGAAAUAUGUGUGCCGGAAAAAUCACAAAAAUUAUAUCCCGCUAACAUUUUGUGCCACAAGGUAAAUGAUGUACCAUUUUGAUAAGCCCAGUAGUGAUUAUUACCAAAUUUAUCCUUAUGAUACAGUUACUAGUGCUCAUCAAUCAUUGUUUUAAUAUUGGGUAUUAAAUACUUGUUAUUCUUUUUUUUUGCACUGUGCAUAAAAUGCCACAUCAAUGGUUUUCUUUUUUUCUGAGAAAUGGAAGCAAACACUUGUGAUGUUAACCCACUAGAUGGGUCUUACAGUAAUCUUCAGUCCUGUCAUGCCGUCAUUAAUAAUAGAACUGAUUUCUUUUAGGUGAAGCUCCUAACAAAAUUUGCACUGCUGACUGACUGUCAGCGACGAGCCAAACAGAUGGUUGGUGCACUGACAACAGCUACCACUCAGGUUCUUAUAACACUUCAAACUGGUUUUGAUGCAAAUGUCUUAAGGAAGCAGAUCAAACAAUGGACCACAGUGAAACAUGAACUGGUGAAAAGUAUGCAAGAUGAAAAGAGACAAGCUGAAAGAUCAAGGUUUGUCAGAAAUUUUUGUUAAAAAAUUAAUUUUGAUUAAAACCACGCACGCGCCACUGAUUGAGAACACAUGAAGAUGUCAUAUUUUAUUACAACUGCAUGAAUCCUUCAGUGAGGAGCCCUUUUCUAAAAAGUAUGAGAUUCUGUUAGUCCAAAUAUGUUAUGUCAUGUCUUACCUGACUUUCCGUAUUUUUCUCCGUUUACCGUAGAACCCUGUGCAGUGUUUUAGCAGAACAGAAAGAUGCUGAAGAUAUUGACAGCAGUCAGCUUUGUUUAGUUCUUCAGGAAGAACUUGCUUCUUACAAGGCAAAGAAGUAAGUUCCCAAAAAAGACAGACUUCACAAGGUUUCUGGACCUUUUGCAGAAACAGGGAAAGAGUUCCUUAUUUUAAUGGUCCAUUUAGUUCUUUCAUUACCAUACAAUCGUGUAUGAACCACAUCCUGGAAAGAAAUAUUACAGUCAAACCUGGAAAACAGUGAACACAAGAAAUAUUUCUGGAAUGCUAUUGUUUUGCAAGAGAAAAGCCAAUCAGGCGUGAGAAAACUAAACCACAAGCAAGAACGUUAGUUAGUUUGUGGUUUUGUGGCCAGUUCGCGUUUCCUGAUCUUUGCUGUGAUUGGUCGUAACAGAAUAAACAUUCUUGAGAUAUUUCAAGUGUUCAGAGUUUUCCCGGUAACACUGUAAGGUCAUGUGAAAGUACAGUGUACAUGUGCAUGUAUUGCUGAUGCAACUACAUGUUUAAGCGUGAGCCCCAGCUACUCUCAUAGGAAACAAAAGUAAAAUACAUAAAUUAUGUAGAACCAAAAGAACUUCCUAGCUGUACAAUUCCCCUUCUACUAAUUACAUAACUGUAGAUAUACCCAACAACUUGAAAUUUUAGCGACAGCCCUAUGCUGAUGAUGAGGUUUCAUAAAAAAGAUCUCUUUUAUUUCAUAUACUGUACUCAGUCUCCCAAAAAUGUUUUUUCCUUAAUACAUGUGUGUUCAAUUGUCAUUUGAGGGGUUCAUUUGAACUCAGGAGUCAUUUCAUAAGUAGGUUCGGGGUGAGUGUUGUCCUGAAUAUAAUAGGACUGUUGUUGACGCCAACAAAGAUGAUCCUGGGUUAUCCUUUAUCCCAAUUCUUUUUUGAAAAACUCUGCCCGGUAUUGUACACCAUUUAGUGGUCUAUUUUUUCUCUUAUUUCUAGUUAUGACACCACCAUGGAGCAAAUUUCUGUCAUCAGACAGCUUAUGGAGUUGUACAUUAUCCAAGAUGAUGAGUUUCAUUAUGGUUCAGUGAUGCUUGAGUUUGGUGUAGCACUGCAUGACCUUGGAGACAAAGAUCUUGAGGAGGAGAAGUGAGUCUACUGCUUAUGUGUGUUUUGGUUUAGUAUGUGGCAUUUGUCUUACACAUAGGUAAAUGACUUUGGAAUAGCAAAAAUACAUUAACUUGUGGUAAAGGUAAAGGGACAUUCAGCCAGCUGUUUUUUUAUAAUGUCAUUCCGGGUUAUAUGGCCCAUUAUGAAGCCAGUCACUUUAGUAUUAUUGUAUUUCUUUGCUUGAACUUUACACAGUACAGACUGAAUACAAGUGACACAUUUUGGUAUCAAUUCUCUGUGGAUUCCAUGCUCUUGUGAUAUUAAUUGAUAAUGAAGUGUCAUCAGGGUUGUUGAAGUGGAGAGAAGGACGUUUCAUGGUUCAUAUCUCUAAUUGGGCAAUACCCCAAUCCCCAGCCAGCCCUCAACAAUAGCCUUCAACAUUGUGAUAUUCCUUGCUCUAGGUCUGCACUUGAGUGCUGUCAAGAAGCAGCUGCAAUUCUGGAGCGGCUGGCAGACACAGCAGCUAACACAGAUGAGGACAAAAAUCACCUGUCACUUGUGCAGGACAGACUUGCUGCAGCAUAUUUAUGGCAGGCAUUGUUAGAGCACAAAGCAACAAUGGAAGACAAACCAGAGGCAAAAUCAGCAGAGGAGCUCAGUGAAAGUUAUGAAACAGAGGGGGUACAUGUACAUAAAAUGUUUUUUUUUCUUCAGAGGGUAUGCAAAUCUGGCCCCAGUUGUUCAAAAGGUGGAUAAUGCUAUCCACUGGAUAAAUCUCUAUCCUGUGGAUAGCACAAUUGUUAGUUAUUUGAUCCACUGACUGGAUAGUGAUUUAUCUAGUGAAUAGCCCUAUCUAACGUUUGAACAACCAAGGCCAGAAAUAAUUAUAUGGGAAUGGGCUGGGGGUGGUCAGGUGUGAUACAGUGUACCCCUUGCUCCCUUUGCUUACCUUUGUAUUUCCUUUUGUAAUUUAGCUCCCCACCCUAAGUCCCUUUCCACUGGCACCCAAUUGCAAACUUACAUAAUAAACUUAUUCCUAUAUAAUUUUACUUCUCUUUUUAGGUCGAAGGCAUAUGUCUGGAGCAGCCAUUUAUGUCAUCCCUUCAUUCAGCAUUGGAAACAUGGACAGUGUUAGCAAAUAGAUCAGUGCAAGAAGGGACAGGCAGAAAGGUAAAGUUUGGGCAUUAUUAUUGUGAAGUUUGUUUUUUUUAUGAUACAUGUCUACUGGGUCAGAGGCAAGAAAAGAGAGCACUUCUUUUUUUUCUCAUCCACUAAAAACUUACUCACAGGUUAAAACAUGAAAAGUUUGGAAACUUGAUUAGUCUGCAUAAAUACUGUAGAUUAGUUUAAGUAAUAUCUGUUGUUCUUUUUGCAGAUUGACUGGCAACACUUUGUUAACCCUGAGGAAACUUGCCAUUACCUUCUGAUUAUUGCUGGAAUGUUUGGACUUGUCAACCAGGUAAACUGAAAGGAAAUAGAAGGCUGUUUCUGGGGACUGUCUCACGCAAGCUGUGUUAGGUUCUUUCUGCUUGAUGAGUUCUUAAAGAACAACAAGAACUGUAGUAUGUUGAAAAAGCAGUGCUCAUUAAAAAAAUCAAAACAUGUUUUCAAUGAAAAGACCAUAUAAAUACAAGUUAAUCACAAGAUUAAAUAACCUUCUAGAAUUAGUCGCUGAGGGUGAAAGGAAUCAUAUCAACAUCUGAAAAUCAUGCGCUAUCUACUUCAGUGACUUGCAGCAUCCCUUGGGAAACUAGUUUAUAUCUUAAUGUGUCCAUCAAUCCAACCUCAGGAGUUUGAAAUAAUCUGGAAACAAAAUAUGCAAAUGUGCGUCAAAUAAAUAAACCCUCUGGGUGUUUACAGUAGGAGAAGGAUUUACAGUAAACUGUUUCCUUGCAACCAUNGCAAGAAAAGAGAGCACUUCUUUUUUUUCUCAUCCACUAAAAACUUACUCACAGGUUAAAACAUGAAAAGUUUGGAAACUUGAUUAGUCUGCAUAAAUACUGUAGAUUAGUUUAAGUAAUAUCUGUUGUUCUUUUUGCAGAUUGACUGGCAACACUUUGUUAACCCUGAGGAAACUUGCCAUUACCUUCUGAUUAUUGCUGGAAUGUUUGGACUUGUCAACCAGGUAAACUGAAAGGAAAUAGAAGGCUGUUUCUGGGGACUGUCUCACGCAAGCUGUGUUAGGUUCUUUCUGCUGAUGAGUUCUAAAAGAACAACAAGAACUGUAGUAUGUUGAAAAAGCAGUGCUCAUCAAAAAAAUCAAAACAUGUUUUCAAUGAAAAGACCAUAUAAAUACAAGUUAAUCGCAAGAUUAAAUAACUUUCUAAAAUUAGUCGCUGAGGGUGAAAGGAAUCAUAUCAACAUCUGAAAAUCAUGUGUUAUCUACUUCAGUGACUUGCAGCAUCCCUUGGGAAUCUAGUUUAUAUCUUAAUGUGUCCAUCAAUCCAACCUCACGGGUUUGAAAUUAUGUGGAAACAAAAUAUGCAAAUGUGCUUCCAAUAAAUAAGCUCUCUGGGGGCUUACAGUAGGAGAAGGAUUUACGGUAAACUGUUUACCUUACAACCAUUCAGUGAGUAAUUUUUUAACUUUUUACAGCCAUUCAAGAAGGUGUGUGCUCUUCAUCUUGCUGCUACCAUUGCCCAAACAAUCAGCACCAACAGUAUGUUGGAUAAUAGAAUAUCUGCCUGUAGUGAAGCUGUUCAUACUCUGUGUGAUGUGCUGGACAUUUCUCAUGCUAGUCUUCUGCUGCAUCAGACCAGUGAUGUGUUGGAAACCCUUGAACCAAGUGGUUCAGUUAUGGUCCAGUUUCUGUUGGCAAAGAGUCACUAUCUGUUAGUCGCAGGAAAGGUGAGCUAGUUGUUCCUGAAUCAUUUCUUUUGCUUUAUUCCUCUAAGCACAAGGGAUAAUGAAAAUUAUAAGCCAAGAGCUACUUUUUAAUACUUAUACAUGUAGUCUAAUUUAGUCUGUUAUAAAGUUUACUAUUUGACAUACACAUUGUACAUUUACAACUUGCAAUGUACGAGUGUUUGCUAUUAUUUUUUAUGCUUGUCAGUGCUUGUGUAUAGUUUACAAAAACAUAAGUGUGUAACGCUCUUCUAAAUAAUACUUACAGUCUCUAUCAAUUUGUCAUUCCUAAGUAUUUUGCAUUUCCAUUCCUUAUUAAUCUGAGAGAAUAAUAUUGAUGCACAAAAUGUUGCCAUGCAUGCAGACCUGAACCCAUGAAUGAACUCAUGGGAUUUCAACACCAGUUGUAAAUUGGUGCUUUAACAGUAUCAUACCAUAAAAGCUCACAAGUAACUGAAAAUGUCCUUAGAUUAUGUUAUUUGCUUGCAAGUACUGGACAAGUACUGGUACAGGUACCUCAUUAAAGUUGUAACAUCAUUGUGAUAUAGUCCAGGGCUGAUUUGCAUGUGUGUGGCUUUUGGGUGGUUACUGGCUGCCUCUAAGAGUGUAACCUCACAUUUAUCAGUAUCUGAGUGACUGUUUGUCUUCCUCUAAACUAAAUAAUUAUCUGUUCCUGUGUUUAGUACUCAGAGGGAGAGCAGUGUUUAAUGGAAGUGUUACAGAGUGAUGCUUUGACUCAGAAGAGCUACAGGUCCCACUUACUGAAGGCCAGAUUAAUGUCUUUGUGUGCGAAAUACUCCAUGCUCCCAGCUAAACUCCACAAAUUCAGCAUUACUUUGGGUGAGUUGAAAACUCAAUUUAAUAAUUUACCAGUAAUAUGUUGUUUUAGUAUUCUAGUAAUAUGUAUAUUCUAGUUAGACCAACAUCACUGUGGGGAUUAUGUACCAACAGUUUAUUUCUCUGGGAAAAUCAAAUCUUAAGUUUUGCAUCUUAUGAAUCCUGGGCCAAAAGUAUAGUCAUGGGUAAAAUUACAUCGCGAUUUUUUAUGUUUUAUGAUCUCUGCAUUUCUUUGCUCGUGGAUCCAAAGAAAGACCAGGAUUUCCUGUAAAGAUAUGAGGCCAACCAUCUCACCACCUUAGAUUCUGCAAGUAGUACUGCUGGAAUACUCAAGAAUCCAUUCUUUUGAAGAAAUUUAUUUGGCUGAGAAAAGUCAAAAAGCAUUGAUAGUUCUCAAAACAUAAGAAAUUUAUUUGCUUUAACCCAUUCGCUCCUGGAGAUUUUGCCGAAAAACGCGUUUUGAAGCUACUCGAGUGGUUUUCUGGUCACUGUCGUGCUAUAAAGACCUAAAACUUACCACAAACCGGUUUACAGGUCGUACACUUCGCGGCCUUCUAAUCCAGAUGCAAAAUAUCAGCUUGCGAAGUUCGGGCAUGCGCAGAAAGCAAAAUUUAAAAGUGACACAGCAGUCUUGACUUUUACUUUUCGCUUUCUCCCCUGCCUUCUUUUUUCGCUUUUCUUGCCUUUUUUUUUCUCUUGCUGGGCAUUUAGUAGGCUUCAUUUUGGUGGGAAGAGUUUUUAGGAAAGCUUUUAGGAUCUUAGGAUUAGGUGAAAGGAAAGGUAGGUGGGCAAUGGAACAAGAUUUUCAUGGAGAUUUUCACGUCCAUGUCACGUGGUUUUUUGCUUGUUUCUCCGGUGUCCUUGACUGAAUUUUGCUCAUUCUGGUAUGGUUUGAAAGAUCUCUUCACUCUGCACAAGUUAGCGAAGAAAGUUGUCCUUGAUCGUUAAAACUGAUGACGUCACAAAGGGUAGAAAGGACCUGGAUCCGCACGGGCGGUUAAGGGCGGUUCAGGGGCGAAUGGGUUAAUUUACGGUUCGGCAGUUGACAGUUUUUAAUCUUGGCAUCUUUGAUGUCUAGCGUUGGAAAAGGUGGCUGUCUGACAUCAAAACCAUCAACUGUCAAAGGAAAUCUUUUUGAGAUUUUUUGAUUUCCCAACAUUCCCUUAAGAAAUCCAAAAAUCUGAGAUCAAUUAUCUAAUUUUGGACCCUUGCAUGGAAAUGUACCAAACAUGUCGCGGUGUGGUUACAUAUAACAGAGGAUUGAAUAAUGGCCUGAACACUGAAUCUAGUAAGGUGUCCAUUAAGGGAAUAUUGGGUACGUUCCUUUGGGAUGAUCAGGAUCAGUGAUCCGAGAUCUCUCCAAUCAUUUUAGAUCAAAUCAACGAAUGAAUCCUUGUUCAGAGUGGAUUCAUCGGUUCAUUUGAUCUACCAUGAUCCAAGUGAUCUCAGAUCACUGAUCCUGAUCCGGAUCAUCGCAAAGGAACGCACUUAUUGACUCUAUCAUGAAUGAUCUUGCUCUUUUGUGAAGAUCCUGUUGUUGGUUCACUUUCUUCUUUGGAAUGUGCUCUUGAUGGAUUUCACAAGUUAAGCCACAUGGCUGAGGAGGUGUUUGGAGAGGAUGUGUUCAGUAGUGGGCGAAAGAAGGGCAAACAGAAUAAAGAUGUGUCAGGUAAAAAGAUGACCCUUUUCUAUCAUAAUGUUAGCCUCCAAUUGUCACCUCUCAGGACAUAUUGGCACUGAAUAGUUUGUCAGACGUGUUUGUUUUUCGUGCCUGCUGUUCCCCUCUCUUCAUUCAGCAACAGUUAUUUUCCUUUCCCAAAAUACCGUAUUAUUGAAUGAGCAAAAAGUGAAGCAUGGCAUGCUUUGCCUUGAUUUCGACUUAAAUGAUUAUAAGGAUAUCAAACUGCAACCUUCUGUUGAACUUCUCCACAUUCACCACCAUUCAUUCACCAAAACGUAACAACACCAAAGGUGUCUUUGCUUACGGUAUGUUUAAAGAGGUCUCCAUAACUUUAAUGGAUCAAAUCCUAGCCACAUGAUCUUUUUCCAAACGGAAGUGAAUUUUUCCCUGUUCUUUUUCAUCUUCUUUUUACGCGUGUGAUUAAUUUGUUACAAUUAUGUUCAUUUCUUUAUCAUCAACACUAACUCACAACACUUUUAAGGACUUUAUUUUGUUUCAAUUUUUACAGCCGAGGGCCCUCUUAUUCUCCCAAGUAUCAAUCAAAGCCUUUUCCAUAUGUCACUCCUGGAUGAGCUUCUGUCUUCAUUACUACAAGUUGGCCAGUUAUAUGCCCAACAGGGUGCUGUAAGAGAGGCAUUCAGGCAGUUUGUAGAUGGUCUAACUUUGGCAAGACACUUUGCUCUACCUUACAGGUAUUCAUUAUAAUGCUUUUCUUUAACCAGCCUUGUUUUAGAUUGUCUGAUCCAAUACACAGUAGUCAGCCAUAAUUAUCUCGCACUUUUUUGUUCAUUUUCAGCAGCACUGUAAAGUCAUGUUGGUUCCUAGGCAGUAAAUAAUUCAUGAAAUGCGUCCCGUAGGACGCAAAGAACGAUCGAUUUGAAGAUGAUUUUUUGGUAUAAUAUCCUGUUCGUGGGAUUCUGUGGCUGUUGUUUAAAGAUGCAUAUUGUUUUAGUCUUUUCUGUGCUUUAAAUAUAUAGAAGUACUUUUUUUUAAUUUCAGUAAACUGUAAUAAAGAGGUUUGGCGUCUGUCUCCGGAUUAAUUGCUGGUUACAUAAAGGCCCAAGCAUUUUCAAUUUAGGACUCCUUUUUUGACUCAAGGACUCAUGUUUUUUCACAAGAUGAGUCUCAAAACUCACCAUAACCAUUUAUAACAAAAUUACUCUCUUUCUCUCACAGCUUUAAAUUCUUUUUGUUAGUUACACAAUGUAAUUGCAAGGUUGCAGCAUGGAAGUAGCUAAAUUGACGUCUAUAUAGCAAAAGAAUAAUUUCUGGCCAGGCAUUAGAUCCUAUUUUCAUUUUGCUUGGGAGAUAAACAUUUUACGCAAACUACGUUAAGGGAAUGAAACAUUGCCGCCUAUAUUCGACCUGAUUGCAUAUUGAUAGAACUUAUCAUUCUUCUCCUUUAGGAUUGCAGAAUUUCUCAUUAACAUUGCUCAGUUGGAACUCAAACAAGGCAAGGGUGAUAAGUGCAAAAGUCGUCUUGAGCAGCUCAGUGGACUCCUACAACCAGUUUUGAAACCUUCCAGCCGAUCCAAUCUUUCCAUAAAUGAAAUUCAAGAACCUCUGCUUCUUGGUCAUCCAGAGACAUGCGAAUGUGUAAACUGUAUUGAUACAACACUUCACAACAUACUGAUUAGGUACUCUUUGAGUGUUGCCAAAUAUCUCUUGUAUGUUUCAAGACCCGAGCAAUCAGGGAAGGCUUUAGAACUGGUGCAGUCAGUAUGCCAGUGUGCAGAAAAGAAGAUGGCGAUGUGUGUCCAGAGACUGGGCAUGAUUUUAUGUGGUUGUGCAUGUAGUGCUCCAAGUGAGGUGAUUUUGAAAGAGACAAAGAAAAAAGGCAAAGCAAAGCCUGCAAAAGGCAGAAAGCAGAAAGAGGACACAGGGCUACAAAGUUGUUCUGUUUCACAGGUAAUGUUUUGUCAGUAUUUUGCUUCAUUCUACUGUACGAGUGCAGAGCUGUCAUUGCAAACGGGAAAGAUUGAGGAAGCCAAUGAAGUACUCUUAAAGGCAAGGGAAAUACUGCACUGUGUUGAGAAUUCUGUUGGAUACAAUCCUAUGCAUUUGUUACCCAUGAAGGCUUCCAUCCUUUAUAUGUCUGGUGUUGCCACAUUGCGUCUAAACAAGGUUUCUGCCAAAGAUGUUUGUGUGGAUUGUAACUGGUUUCCUGAAACAGACUCAAAGACUAGCUCUUUGGAAAACAGUGUAGAGAAAGUUGAUUCCUCUAAAGUUGACGCAGUUGACGAAUGUGAGGUGGAGAAGCCAAGGAAGGCUUCUGGCAGAAGAGGUAGAAAUUCUAAACCUAUAGAGAAAUCAGCCCCAGAUGAUACUAGCAGCAGGCCAACAUCUUCAAGAGCAAAAGGUAGAGGAAGAGGCAAGAAGGCAGAGGAGGCCCUGGCAGAAUAUGAUGAUUCUGAGGCAAAUAUUCAGCGGAAGACAAAGGGACGUAGAAAACCAGCACGGUCUGCAAAGCAACCUUCCAACCUUGUGGAUGGUCAUAAAACAGGUCAGAUUAUUACACGUGAAACUUACUUAUUUCAUUGAAGACCAUUCUUGUUGACUUUUUAUUUUUCCAUUAAAGUGAACCAUAGAAUGAGAAGGCUGAGUUUUGUAACUGAAAUUUGGCUUCUGGAUGCUUGAUCAUUUUAGGCACUGGCGCUCUUUCGGUCUGUCAAUUUUUAUCUUCAGCCUUUGAUUUAUUCCCAGAAUGCUAUGAGCCUAGGAUUAGUGUAUUUUAUACAUUUGACUUGAAUAUAAGGAUGAAAUCCUAUGGUACCGGUAUGAAAAUUCAAUGGAAACAUCUCAGCAGUAUUUGGGAGGUACUAGUCAUAUGCUAGUUCUUACUUUUGUGUGUGUUGACAGAUGUCUGCGUUGCCAUUUGUGUCAGGAAUCGGUUUUAGCUAAUAGUUUAAUAUCUGAGACGGUGAAACAAAUCCUCUGUUGUGGCAUUCAACCUUCUGUAGCGGCUCUUUUGUAUGGGAUAUUUUUUCAAUAUUCUUCAAAAUUAGAUCCUAUUCUCCUGUAUUUUUGACAUGUUUGGAAUUGAAAGGGUCAGGCAAAUAGCAUGUUAAAUCAUCAUGGACUGGUUAUAACAUUAAAAUGUUAUCUAUGUACUUUUCCUAACAUUAAUAAUUAUUUUCUAUCAUCUCAUCAGCUCCCAAAUGGAUUGAACAAACCAUCCAUUACUGGAAUGAAGCAUUUAACCUGUGCCAAGUUGAUCCUCCACCAGCCCUAUUCUCUGACAUCUGUCGAGGACUGGCUUUCUGUCAUGGGAGAUCAGCACCCCAACUCUCCAUGUACUACUUAAACUUGGCAUCAUCCAUCACAUUGAGACACCAAGCUGUUACAAGUACAGGAAAGAGAAUCAAGUAAGAAGGCCUGUCGUUAGGAAAAUAAAGAGGAAGCCUGUCUUACAAUCACAUUGCGAACACAAUAAUUUGGCCCUAAAAUUCAUUUUAUUUUAUUUUAUUUUAUUUCUUCGCAAACCUCUCUAAUCCAGCCAGAUUUUCAUGGCCCAGUAGUGGUCCUAUUUACAGGAUUUUAUUAUAAUUUUUUUUUUCUCCCAAUACUAUAUCGGAAUGAUAUGUAUGAUUUUUCAAAGACAGUUCACCUUCAUUACCCCAUGCACUUUUCAUUAUGAAAGUGAUUCAAAAUUGACAACGCAAGUAGUGGAUUUCGUACUGACAGUCAUCUCCGUGAAUUGUUAAUAAAGAACGAUGUUUAAAAAAUUAACCUAUCGGUACCUUUUAGGUAGUUCAAUCUUCCUGACUUCCUGUUAGUAAUAUGCUUCAAAUUACUCGAUGUCUUAUUUUACCUUAGGAGAACAGCAAAAGGUGUGACAGCUGCCUUGUCAGUG